GAGAGCAGAUCUGUAUUCGCGGGGAUCAGCCUUGUCACGCGCUCGCAGAACUUCUCGAGCUCUCGCACGCCGACAUCUCGCGUCGACGUAACGCUGCCCAGCAGCCGGACCGCAUCCCACAUGCUCACCACCGCUCGCGCUACCCCACCUGCAAGCCGUGGGAAUCGCACAGCGACGAUUGUCUCAAGCUCGGCGAUACUCGGCGCCGGGAGCAUGACCUCUGCAAACUUGUGCGCGCCAAAAAAGGUCGCCGGCCCGGAUCCGGAACGUGUCGCAAACAGCGCGAACCCGUCCGCGGCAAGAACUCGUUCACGGCCUGGCACGACCACCGACGCCCGCUGGCCGAUCCAUUUGCUCGUGCCGAGAGACUCGACGAGGGGCUUGAGCACACCCAGCACUUCGGAUGUCGCCCGGUCGAUGUCCUCGAGAACGAUCCAUUUCCCUUGUCGCAUGGCACGGACCAGCGCGCCAUCGCGCCAUUCGAAUGUCCCCGGCUGCGUCGGCGAUGACAUGUACGACCCCAGCAGCGACCGCGCGUCCAAAGACGUGUCGGAGAGAUGGAUAGGUAUCAGCGUCGUGUGAAGCAGCAAGGACAGAUGGGUCAGCAGCAAAGAUUUGCCAGACGAAGCGACCGUAGGACCGUGGAUGUAGUGGCUGUCGGGACCAGUGCAGACGGCGGCGAAGGCAUGGAAUUGGGUCGCAACAGUAAUAUGCCAGAUACAUUAGUUAUGCGGGGGCUGAUCGCGAGUAUCAGUAUAUGCAAGUCGAGAUUCAAGGAGUUCGGUCCUUACCUGAGCGGAAUCUCCUCGUGAUCAUGGUCGAACUCUGUUGCAUCCCAUUUCCGCAACUCGUAGAGGCGCUGGGCCUCGAACACAGGCAUGAGCCAC